CAGGGCAUCAAUCAUCCGAUGCGAGGGACUCGACGCCGGUGAAUAAACGAGUCACAUUUAACAAGAGUUUGGACGGAAUCUUUAUGGGAAAUGGGGGUACCAAUACGAGAGAAGAUUUGGACACGAAAAUCUAUAUUUUCUGGUGUCGGGUUAACAUCUUCCUUAUCCAUAUUUGUUUGAAAUCUCCCGGUGCAAAUCACAGCAGUAGCACGCUAACGCGUUCCAUCGCACUACAUCUGCAGUUGUUGGUCGGUGACAAACUAGCUACGGUUAGUUAGCUGUAACCAGAAUAUGGAUAUUUUUGUAAAGACAAUAGAGGUGGUUGUGCUCGAGCGUUUAGCUGAUUUUACGUUAUGACCUGCUAACGUUAGUACUGUAUUGGAAAUCUGACCGCUAAACCCAUUCCUCUGUAGUCAGUGGUAUCAAGGUGACGGAUGGAAGUAGCUAAGCUAAAGCCACUGGACUUGUGAACCGGUGAACCGGUGUAGAUAAACUAACUAUGGCUAAUGUGUGCCGUGGAAUGUUGUACGCUAGCUAGCGACACAUUGAGUAACUAGCUAGCAGCUACCAUGAAUUAUAUUGUGUUAGCUAACCUCCGACAGAUGUUGGGUGUUAUGUCGGCAAUCAAAUGUAAUAUGUAAUGUAUACCACGGGCUUACACCAUGUAUGUGGUUGGCCUCGUCCUUGUCAACCCCUGUGGUUGACACAUGUAUCGGUUUUUAAAAGCAAACAGCGGGAUAAAAACGCUGUCACCGGGUAGUGGUGCUGAAAAGAAAGAACAUAUUUUCUGUCGCUAGCUCGCUACAGUACUGUAGCAAUGGGAGCUAGCUAGCAAUGUAGCUAGCGGCACAUUAUAGCUAGCGAACCCCCCAGAUUUUAUCAAUGGUGUCUAAUAAAUUUUUAUUCGCAAUAAUUCUAUUAUAUGUGUAUAUAGGUGUACAGUCAUUAUUUUACUUUUUUGGCGGCGUCGUUUUAACUAUUUUGGUUGCUAUGGCAUUUUUAAAUGGACCCAGACUAUUAGACUGGGCGAAUUCACCUCCUCAUCUUCAAUUCAACAAAUACGUCCUGACUGGAUACCGACCAAUAUCCUCUGUCCAAGACUGUAUAAGAAGCCUUUUUUACAUGCACAACGAACUGGGAAACAUAUACACACAUGGUAUCCCUCUGCUCUGCUUCCUGUUCCUCAUCCCGCUCAACUUCCCCUGGUCCCAGAUCAGUGUGACAUGGCUGGGUGUGGUCCACUUCCUGGCCUGCCUGUCCCCCCAGCUGGGCUCUGUGCUCUACCACCUCUUCAUGAACCACGAGGGAGGAGAGCCUGUCUACCACACUCUUCUCACCCUCGACAUGUGUGGCAUCUGUAUGAUCAACACGCUGGGAGCGCUGCCCAUCGUCUACAGCACCCUGCUGUGCUACCCAUUCACCCGCACAGUGGCUCUGCUCGUCUACAUCCUGCUGUCCAGCUACGCUAUCUACUCGGCCAUCACGGCGCGGAGUAGCGUGCGGCGCCUGCGCUCCUUUGCCUGGCAGGCCCUGUUCCGCUUCUCCUUCUUCCUGCUGCGCUGGGUGGGUGUGGGCGGCGGCAGCCCCACCUCGCUGCAACACUUCCUCACCAUGGACGCGCUGGCUGUACUGGGCGGGAUCAUCAACAUCUCGCGCAUCCCAGAGCGCUUCCGCCCGGGCCUCUUUGACUACUGGUGCAACAGCCACCAGAUCAUGCAUGUGCUGGUGGUGGGCUCCAUCCUCUACCUGCACUGGGGUGUGCUGGACGACCUGCUCUGGAUCAACAGCCACCACUGUCCCUCAGACUGAGCCCCACCCUGCCUGGAGGGGGACCAGUGGGGAACAGGGUUUAGGACCUCUGGGGGGGGGACUGUUUCAAAAGGUAAUACUUGGGAAGAGAAGAUGGGAGGUGUUCAUGAAAGGCCAGAUAAAGUGCAUGGAAGGCCAGAUAAAGUGAUUUACAUAAUAGGGAUUGACACAUGUGCAAGAAUGUUCAUACUGUAUCUGUGUCCACCUUGCCAUUAUACAUGCGUUGCUAUUUAUAUUAGGGAAUAUUGGCUCACUGGUCAACACA